AUGGCCUUUCACAAGCUGCUGGACGAGGUGGGCGGCCUGGGCCGGUUCCAGCUCCUGCAGAUGGCCUUCCUCUGCCUCUCCUGCUUCCUGGUGUGCCCGCACAUCCUCCUGGAGAACUUCACGGCCGCCGCGCCCGCGCACCGCUGCUGGGUGCCCAUCCUGGACAACCUCACCCGCAACCUCACCCGCAACCUCACCGGCCCGGCCAGUGGCCCGGGGGCCCUGGGGCAGGACGCCCUGCUGCGGGUCUCCGUCCCGCUGGACGCGGACCGGAGGCCGGAGAGGUGCCGCCGCUUCCGCCACCCCCAGUGGCAGCUCCUGCACCCCAAUGGGACCUGGACCAACGCGAGCGAGCCGGCCACGGAGCCCUGCGUGGACGGCUGGGUGUACGACCUGAGCACCUUCUCCUCCACCAUCGUGACCCAGUGGGACCUGGUAUGUGAAGCUGAGACUCUGAAAUCAAUGGCCAAGUUCUCGUUCAUGGCGGGCAUGCUGGUGGGAGGGGCCAUCUAUGGCCACUUAUCAGACAGGUUCGGGAGGAGGCUGAUUCUGCGGUGGUGCUCCCUGGCGCUCGCCAUCGCCGAGACCUGCGCGGCCUUCGCGCCCUUGCUGCUCGCGUACUGCGCGCUGCGCUUCCUGGCCGGCUUCUGCACCAUGGGCAUCCUCAACAACAGCUCUGUGCUCAUUAUGGAGUGGACCGCGCCCCGCUUCCAGGCCCUGGGGGUGACCACGACCAUCGGCGCCGCCAGCGUGGGCCAGCUGCUCCUGGGGGGCAUGGCCUUCGCCAUCCGCGACUGGCACACCCUCCAGCUGGUGUACUCCCUGCCGCUGUUUGUCCUGUUUCUCUCCUCGAGGUGGCUGGCAGAGUCUGCCCGGUGGCUGAUCAUCGCCAACAAACCGGAGGAGGGCUUACAGGAGCUGAGAAAGGCUGCCCGCAUGAACAGAAGAACGGAUGCCGGAGACACCCUCACCAUGGAGGUUUUGAGGUCCACCAUGCAGGAGGAGCUGGAGGCGGCGCAGACCAAACCUCCCGUGUCCGACUUGUUCCGCACGCCCAACAUGCGUGAGAGGAUCUGCCUGCUGUCCUGUGUGCGACUUGCCAACUUCAUACCCUUUUACGGCCUCAGCCUGCACCUCCAGCACCUGGGGAGCAAUGUUUUCCUGUUCCAGGUUCUCUUCGGCGCCGUCACCCUCCCGGCCAAUUACGUCGCCCUGCUGGCCCUGAACCGCCUGGGCCGGAGGCUGAGCCAGCUGCUCUUCCUGCUCCUGCUGGGGAGCUCCAUCCUGGCCAUCACGUUUGUGCCUCGAGACAUGCAGACCCUGCGUGUGGCUCUGUCGACGCUGGGCGUGGGAUUUUCGUCUGCGGCCAUCAUGUGCUCUCUGGCCCACGGAAAUGAGCUCAUCCCCACCAUCAUCAGGGCCACAGCUUCAGGAAUCGUCGCGAUGGCCGGUAACAUCGGGGCGGCCCUGGCUCCCCUCCUGAUGAUCCUGACGGCGUACUCCCCCCACCUGCCCUGGAUCCUCUACGCGGUCUCCUCCUUCAUCCCCAGCCUCGUCGUCUUCCUCCUUCCCGAGACCAGGAACCAGCCUCUGCCCGACUCCAUCCAGGACGUGGAAAAGGAGAGAAAAGGCUCAAGAAAAGCAGAACAGCAAGACACCUUCAUAAAAGUGACCCGGUUUUAAGGAAUUCCAGGAACGGACUGCUAAUCCAGGAAAAGA